CCCAAAAGCCAAAAGCUGCCGACCCUCAAAUUGGUAGCCGCAAAAUCCCCUCCAUGAUAAUGAAGUGGAAGCUGCACAAAACUGUUCUUCCUCGUUUUCAUCAAAUCGGUAACCAUUAUUCACUUCUUCAUAUAAAAACCAACUCCUCCUCCUCCUCCUCCUCUUCUUCUUUUAAUGGCGUAUACAGCACCACAAAUUCAUCCGAGAAAGGAAAUAGAAAAAAGUAUGAGUUUCAUAACAUUGUUGAUGCCCUUACUUUGUUUAAUAAAAUGACCCAUGCUUCUCCCAAGCCAUGUAUUGUUGAAUUCAACAAACUAUUAGGUUCUAUUGUGGGAAUGAAACAUUAUGCCAUUGUUGUUUCUCUUUGUAAACAAAUGGAAUUGUUGGGGAUAAGACAUGAUGUUUAUACUCUUAAUAUUUUGAUGAAUUGUUUCUGUCUUUCGAAUUGUGUCAGUUUCGGGUUUUCGGUUUUAGGGAAAAUGUUGAAGCUUGGUUAUAGAUUGAAUUUAGUUACUUACUCUACUUUGAUUAAAGGGUUUUGUACUCAAGGUAAAGUUGGUCAAGCUGGUAAGUUGUUUGAUGAGAUGGUUUUAAUGGGGUUUCGACCGGAUUUGUAUUUAUAUACGAUAAUGGUUAAUGGAUAUUGUAAAAUGGGUAAUAGCGAUGGCGCUGUUAGAAUGUUGAGGGAGAUGAAAGAAAGGGGUUUCAGGCUUGAUUUAGUGGCGUAUACAUCUGUUAUAGAUUGCCUUUUUAAGACUAAGUAUAUAUCAGAGGCUUUGGACAUUGUGGAUGAAAUGAAGGGCAAAGGUAUUCAACUGGAUGUUGUUACUUACAGUUCGUUAAUUCGAGCGAUGUGUAGUUUGGGAAAUUGGAGUGAGGUGAAGAGAUUACUCAAUGAAAUGGAGAGUAACGAUUUGAAACUGAAUGUUGUGACUUUUAAUAUAUUGGUUGGUGGAUUUUGUAAAGAAGGGAAAAUUUCUGAGGCUUUAGGUGUGGUUGCAAUGAUGACUCGUAAAGGGGUUUGGCCUAAUGUUAUUACGUAUAGUGAAUUGAUAAACAUGUAUUGUUUGCAGGGUGAAUUGGAUGAGGCUAGAAAGGUUUUUGAUUCGAUGGUUAACCUUGGAUGUGAACGUAAUGUAUUUAGUUACAAUAUCAUGAUCAAUGGAUAUUGUAAAACUAACAAGAUAGAGGAAGCGCUAAAGCUCUUUCAUGAAAUGACUCAGAAAGGACCGGCUCCCGACGUUGCUACGUACACUAGUCUUAUGCGUUGCAUGUUCCAAGUAGGGAGGCUUUCAGAUGCAGAAGAACUCUUCGAGAAUAUGCGUGCUUGUGGUCAAGUUCCAAAUCAUAUUACUUACUCAGUUUUGCUAGAUGGUUUAUGCAAACGUGGUCAAAUUGAUGUGGCAUUAGAACUAUUUCAUGCAGUGCAAAACAAUGAGUUAGAACCCUAUAUUUUCCACUAUAAUAUCCUACUUGAUGGCUUGAUCGAAGCCAAGCAUUUCGAAGCUGCAACAAGACUCUUUUCACACGUCUUUGCUAUUGGUUUAAAGCCUAGUCUGCCGACAUAUAACAUAAUGAUCAAGGGACUUUGCAAUGAAGGACUACCUGAAAAAGCAUAUGAUCUUUUCAGGAAGAUGGAAGAAGAUGAUUGUUUUCCAAAUAACAUCUCUUACAAUAUUACAAUUCGGGGUUUCCUUCAAAGAAAUGACAUGUCUAAAGCUAUGAAAAUUCUUCAUGAAAUGGUAGAUAAAGGAUUUUCUGCUGAUUCAUUAACAGUAGUCAAGUUAGUGACUCUAUUGGCAGUGACUGAAGAAGAUCAACCAACUUAUGAGAUAAGGCAGGCAUUGUGAAGAUUGUCAAACAAUAAAGAGGAAGUUCCACAGUGAAUAUGAACGUUUACUAGCUUGUUGAAGUGAAUCAGAAAGGGAAAAUGAAGCAAAAGUACAAAAACAAUGCAAAAAAAGCUCAAAAAAGAUUCAUUCACAGCCGAAUUGGUAAAUAAUGAUCAAGAUUUAACAAUACAAAUAACCAAGUAUAGUUCAAUGUUUUUACUCCACCUGCUAUAUAGGUUUUCUAUAGUUUUUAUAUC